CUCUAUUUUUACAUAAAAGUCAACAUAACUAUUGAACUAGCCAUGUGAGGUGAAAAAAAUUGAGUAAAAAAGUUUAGUGGUAAAUUAGAGCUAGCACAUCAAAUCAAAGGGGGCCUUUGUUUGUCUUUUAUUUUAUUUUUGUGCUCUUUCUCAAGUAAUAAACCUUCUGUUUUCCUCUUCACAAGGCUUCACGGGUCUUGAUUCUCUUCCUUUGUUUCCUCUACGUGGCAAAUUUCUAAGAACUUUCACACCAACACUUCUUUUUUAUUAACCUUUUUUUUUUAUUAUACUCUUUUCUCCACUAUUAUAACACCUUUGUCCUAAACUUCCCAAUAAUCCAAAUCAUGUUUGUCCCUUAUUUUUCUUCUUCUUCUUCUUCUUUCAUUUCUUUGUCUAUUUUCAUGCUUGUUACACUAAGUAGAACUUCAUUUUCAUUAGCCAAACUAAGUCCUCCUCGUCCUCAUCGCAAUCUCUCGGUUGAUUACUAUGCCAAGUCAUGCCCUCAACUCGAACAACUGGUCUCUUCCGUCACAGCCCAACAGUUCAAAGAAGCACCAAUCUCAGGCCCGGCAACCAUCAGACUUUUCUUCCAUGACUGCUUUGUCGAGGGCUGUGAUGCAUCCAUACUGAUAACAUCCACACCAGGAAGCAAAGUACUGGCCGAGAAGGAUUCAGUGGAUAACAAGGACUUAAGGGAAGAAGGGUUUGAGAGCAUUAGGCUGGCCAAGGCUUUGGUGGAGACCAAGUGCCCUGGUGUUGUUUCUUGUGCUGAUAUUCUUGCCAUUGCAGCCAGAGAUUAUGUUCACUCGGCAGGAGGUCCAUAUUACCAAGUGAGAAAAGGAAGGUGGGAUGGGAAAAUCUCAAUGGCAUCAAGAGUUAGCUCCAACAUUCCCCAAGCAAAUUUCACAGUUGAUCAGAUGCUAAAACUCUUCAACUCAAAAGGGCUUUCACUUGAAGACCUUGUUGUGCUUUCUGGUGCACAUACACUGGGCUUUGCCCACUGCCAACACUUUGUUAGCAGACUCUAUGACUACCGGGGCUCCAAGCAACCCGACCCGACAAUCGACUCGAAACUCCUCAAGGCACUAAGAAUGUAUUGCCCACACUAUGGUGGAAACUCAGAUAUAGUUGCACCCUUUGAUGUUACUACACCAUUUUCAUUUGAUCAUGCCUAUUAUGGGAACUUGGAGAGUAAAUUGGGUUUGUUAGCCUCAGAUCAAGCCCUGUUUUUGGACCCACGUACUAGACCUUUGGUUCAAAAUUUGGCCAAAGAUAAGAAGAGAUUUUUUCAGGCCUUUGCUGCAGCUAUGGAGAAAAUGGGCUCAAUUGGUGUAAAAAGAGGAAGCCAUCAUGGAGAGAAAAGAAAAGUUUGUAGUGUGCAUAGUUGAUUAGACUCAAUUUAUUAUCUUUGUCCUCUAUUUUAUUGUGUCCAUCACUAUUGAUUUGCAGCCAUCUGAUUUCAUCAAGUUGGUUUUUGUUCUUAAAUGAGGCCUUUUUUUUUGGUGAAUGUCUAGUCUAGAGAGUAGAAUGAGUUUCAAUAAUAUGUUCCAAUUAGUUUAACA